UCUUGUGACUUCAACACAAAAUUCACCAAGGUAAAACAUAUUAUCACUAGCAAAUUACUUAAAAAUGGCACAAAGAGCUUACUCUUUCUUUGCAUUUCUUCUCAUUUUCAAUAUCCUCCUUGUCACAAAAUGGCAAGUAGUUGCCGGCCGCAGCAUUGCUAACGACGAUAAGAAAGAGCCUGAUUUUCUGUUCAAGCAUGAUCAUGGUAAAAAAUUUCAUUAUCCAGGCAUUGGACAUUUAGGAUUUCCACCAAACUUUGGACUUACUCCUAAUAACCCAUAUGCCGGUGGCAUCGGUGGAGGAUCAGGAGCAGGAUCGGGAUCAGGUUCAGGAUCAGGUUCAGGAUCAGGAUCAGGAUCAACAGGUCACAGUUAUGUUCCUGGUGGCGAUGACACGUUUGUUCCAAACCCGGGUUUUGAGGUUCCAAUCCCUGGCAGUGGUGGUGGUGGUGGUGGUAGAGUUGCAUCAACAGUUCAUCCAUGAAUUCCUUCAUGCAUGAAUGCAAUAAUAGCUAGACCUAGUUUGUGAGCUUGUGAUGCUUAUUAAGUUCGUUUUUACUGCUUUCUAGCCAUGAAAAUAAGUGUGCUACUGCUAGAUGUACACACACUAGUAACAUGGUAUGUAAGUGGCUUGUUUAAUGUUUUCAUGCUGGUUUCAUUUAAUAUUAUUUGACUUUAAUUGUUCCUCAAA